UGAACUAUUAUUAUUAUUCAAGAACCACAUGGGUGAGCUGUCUCUAUCUCCCAAGAUUUCUUAUAUAUAUUAUUAAGAAGUUUUAAGAGUUGACAUACAACAAAAUUAGCUAUGGUUGAGGGUAUGAAGAUCGAGGUGAAGGUGAAGGAGGAGGUGAUGGUGAGGCCCGCGGCGGCGAAGACGGGAUCGAUGCCCCGGGGGACAACCCUGUGGCUGUCGAAUUUGGACACGGUGUUCCCCCUCAAGUCGUACGUCGACUGCACCUUCUUCUUUAGGUCCAUCCCCUUCUUUAACUCGUCGAUACUCAAGGCCACUCUAGGCCGCGCCUUGGCUGAGUACUACCCGUUGGCCGGGCGCCUUAAGUGGGAUGAGCAACGACGUCGGCUAGAGGUCGAGUGCAAUGGGGAGGGGGUGUUGUUCAUUGAGGCUACGGCCAAUGGCGCAUUGCUUGACUUGGGGGCCAACCUAGGCCCCCGCCCGGACCUCACUUUUGUACCCGUCAUCGACUUCUCCAAAGAAACUUCGGCCCUCCCACUUUUCAUGGUGCAGGUGACUCGUUUCACAUGCGGUGGAAUUUGCUUCGCCUUCGCCAUCGACCAUCACCUAUGUGACGGAUUCUCAGCUGUCCAAUUCCUCCGCACAUGGGCCGACAUAGUAGGCUGCGCCGGCAUUACAUUGCCGCCAUUCCACGACAGGCAGGCUGUCUUGUCCGCGCGCCACCCACCUCAGCUGGAGUUCGACCACAUCGAAUACCAACCCUCUCCAACAUUAAUCGAUCCAAUUACAUCAACAACUAAUAGUACAUCGUACAAAAGAUUCAGGCUGACUCCCGAUCAGGUGAAAGCACUCAAGGCCCAAUGCAAGAUCAGUAGUACUAACCAAGUCUCCAACGAUCCGUACACCACGUACGAGGUUAUCACCGGCCACGCGUGGCGCUGCGUGUCGAUGGCCCGCCGGCUGCCCAAGAAUCAGCCGACGAAGCUUCACAUGGCGGUCGACGGCAGGGAGAGGCUGCUCCCCCGACUGCCACCCGGAUACUUCGGGAAUGUCGUGUUUCGCGCCACUCCCAUUGCCCUGGCGGGUGACCUGCAAGAGAAUCCCGUCGGGUUUUCCGUCCUUAAAGUUCACGAAGCGCUUGUAAGAAUGGACGACCGUUACAUGCGGUCGGCAAUCGAUUACCUGGAGAUUCACCAAGGGCCCUUGCCGGAAAGCCUGGCCGACUAUCGGUCCCCAAAUCUUGGGAUUAUCAGCUGGGCUAGGCUUCCGUUGUACGAUGAUAUUAAAGUGUUGGGAAAACCGAUCUAUGCCGGGCCAGGAUCGAUCCCUGGCGAAGGGAGAAGUCAGGUGCUGCCGGCGCAUGACGGGAGCUUGUUGUAUGCGAUCUCCCUUCCGGAACAAGAGAUGGCCAUCUUCGAAAAGCUUUUCUACGACAUUUAGACAACAUGGUAUGGUGUUGUGUUGUGUUGUUAGGACGGACCCAACUCAACUCAAUGCUAGCUAGUAUGAUUAAUGAUAUUAUCUGUUUUUGUUUUGGAUCCAGUCUAGUUUGCAAUCCAACACUAAUUAACACAUCUUCGAAAAGGUUUGUGGAAAGUUUGUUUACAUGUAUUCCAAAGUUUUGCAUAAACACAUUAAGGGUGUUUUA